GUGCGCGCACGGAACUGAGAUAGGCUGUCCUAAUGGCAGAACGGAGUGGAUUUGCCGACCACUUUUAUGACACUGGAAUAUCACUUUGCAGCCAAAUAAACCUCAUCUUGAAAAGCGAACGGGGAAAGGUGCGCUCUUUCUGUAAGCAUACAGCUCUCCUCUGAGACCUCUUACACUUUCAAAAGGAGGUGGGAAAAGGGAGCAAGAAAGAAAGCUCCUCCAGCGCUCGUCUGGCUUGGAUUAUUUCUGCUGCGUUUGCCAGCUCGUGGGGAAUACUUUUAAAUGGCACGCGGCAAUAUCCGGGCAGACACGCGAUAUUCAUCCGUCGAGCCCGCAUCGCACGCGCAGAGCGCUGCGUGCGGCCAAAUAUGAUUCAUCUUAACUUCACGUCCUAAUAGCAGCAGCCUUAUAUUGUUCAAGCGGAGUUGAGAUAGCUUUGUUUUGCAUUUUAUCCUUCCGAACUACUCGACAAAUCCAACAAUGUUUGGUUUCAGUAAAAUUACUGGAUCUCUCCAGAUUCUUAACAGAUCAACUACCGGCAUCAGUAGCGCGUCCUCACCGGACGAUGCUCGCGCUUCCUCGCGACUGUACUGCGCGUUCGUUAUCCUACUCCUCAUCAUCACUCCGCGCGUGGACUCGUCCUGGUGGUACAUCGGAGCUUUGGGGGCACGAGUAAUAUGUGAUAACGUCCCUGGCCUGGUGAACAAGCAGAGGCAACUGUGUCAGAAGUAUCCAGACGUGAUGCAGUCUAUCAGCGAAGGUGGGAAGGAGUGGAUUCGCGAGUGCCAGCACCAGUUCAGGCACCAUCGCUGGAACUGCAGCACACUGGACCGAGACCACACCGUCUUUGGCCGGGUCAUGCAGCGCAGCAGUCGGGAGGCCGCAUUCGUGUACGCGAUCUCCUCAGCGGGUGUGGUGUACGCUAUUACCCGUGCCUGCAGCCAGGGGGAGCUGAAGACGUGUAACUGUGACCCGUUGAAGCGCGGCAGGGCCAAGGACGAGCGAGGCGAGUUUGACUGGGGCGGCUGCAGUGACAACAUUAACUACGGAAUAAAGUUCGCUAAAGCCUUCAUAGACGCCAAAGAGCGGACGGUGAAGGAUGCACGAGCACUCGUGAACCUUCACAACAACCGCUGCGGACGAACGUCAGUGAAGCGCUUUAUGAAGCUGGAGUGUAAAUGUCAUGGCGUGAGUGGCUCCUGCGCGCUGAGGACCUGCUGGCUGGCGAUGUCGGACUUCCGGAAGACUGGCGAUUACCUCCGCAAAAAAUACAACGGCGCCAUAGAGGUCACGGUCAACCAGGAUGGGACAGGAUUCACUGUGGCCAAUAAGGACUUUAGGAAUGCCACCAAGAAUGACCUGGUGUACUUCGAGAACUCGCCCGACUACUGUUUAUUGGACAAGGCUGCAGGUUCGUUAGGCACAGCUGGUCGUGUCUGUAACAAGACUUCUCGAGGGACAGACGGAUGUGAAGUGAUGUGUUGUGGGAGGGGCUAUGAUACGACACAUGUUAAACGCAUCACUAAGUGUGAGUGUAAAUUUAAAUGGUGCUGUGCGGUGGAGUGUAAAGAUUGUGAAGAGGCAAUCGAUAUACAUACCUGCAAAGCUCCAAAACGAGCCGAAUGGCUGGACCAGACCUGAAACCAUCCCACGUCUUGCCUCACCACACCUCUUCCUGAAGAUCUCCUGCGAACAAUGGCAUUCUGGGAUAUGAAGUCCAUCCCUCAUGGUUCCUCUCGCCCUAUUCCUUGAUGCAUGGCUUUAUUUUAACCGUCUCUGUGAAAGCACUACAAGUAAAAACUGCAUUUCCCAUGAGCGCCUUGCACACCUUGCCCAACCAGGCACAUUACUCUGCCUCUCUCUUGCUUUUUAUUUUUCUGUAAUGACCUGACCAGAGGACACUAAAAGUGUAAGAAAGAACUGCGUUGCAACUGUGAACAUUUGUUGUUGAUGGUUUUUGUGGGAUUUCUGUUUUCGUUGUUGUUUUGUUAUUUGAGUGAUGUUUUGUGCUGCUUUCAAAUACUUUAAGGACAUUUUAAAAUGACUCUGAGCGUCUCUAUAAUAUCAUGGCUAUUAGCAGAAUACUCAAACGUACUUUUUAAAGAAACCACACCUGUGUGCUAAGUUUCAGUUGCAUGCCUGCAAAGUUGUCUUGCGUGAACAUCUAAGAAUGGAGCCAAUGGCAUGAAGACAUACAAAGGCCCACAACUUUGCACACUUUCCACUCACUCUGUGGUCGGAAUUGCAACCGAAAUUCAAAAAGUUUUGGUUUUUUUUUACUUUCUGAAAGACGAAAAGAGAGAAAAAAAGCAGUAAUAAAAUCCAUCUGAUGAGCCUGAGAACAUGAGCUAACCAGUGAGCAAAAACGAAACAUUAUUUUAUCACCCUCAAUAAAGGGAAACACAUCACGGCAUGAGUAUAAUGACACCAGAACCAUGUCAACAACAGCAACAUAAAAUGAACGUACUUGUGUUUUGUGUGACUCAUGACAUUGCUGUUACUGAAAUAAUGGUGUCAGAUAGAUGCUGAUGCUCUGUUUUGGCUCUUCUUUUAAACUUGUGUAAACUGCAUUGGUAUUUUUGAACCAAGG